GCCACGAUAAGUCGACAACAACUUCCCCCCGCCCCCUUUCCCACCGCCGGCUCGUUCCUCCCCCCGGUCAACACGAGUGACGAAGCCGAUCGAUCCAACGGCGGCCGCCCAAUGCCGCCUCCGCCCCCGCGGCUCCACGUGCCUCUCCGCCUCGGUCACGGCCCACGGGCCGGCACCCCCCCUCGCCGCGCUCUCCCCUCUUUUUAUUCCCCACCGCCGCUCCGGCUCACCGCUCACACCGAUCUAUCCGCGCGGCGCUAUCCCCCCCACCUCACCUGCCCGUCCGUUCGUCCGCCUCGGCGUCUCCGCGUAGAAGGGGAAUUCUAUUUUUUUUCUAGGGUUUCGCCGUGAGAUCUGGUGCGGCGGGGGGAGAUGGACGGGAAGCCGCCGCCGCCGAACCCGAACCUGCCCUACCGGGAGGACUGCUGGAGCGACGGCGAGACGGCGGCGCUCGUCGAAUCCUGGGGCAGCCGCUACGUCGAGCUCAACCGCGGGAGCCUCCGCCAACCGCAGUGGCGGGAGGUGGCCGAGGCCGUCAACACGCGGCCGGGGGCGUCCGCCCGCCGCCGGCCCGCGCGCACCGACAUCCAGUGCAAGAACCGCGUCGACACCCUCAAGAAGAAGUACAAGGCGGAGCGCGCGCGGGGGACGCCCUCGUCCUGGUACUUCUACAGGCACCUCGACAUGCUCGUUGGCCCUACCCUCUCCGCUGCCGGAGCCAGCGGCGGCGGCGGGAAGAAACCGUCCCCGCCCCGCGCGCUCCCCAUGAUGCGGAGGCGCCUGGAGUCGCCAUCGCGCUCCCCCUCGCCACCGUCACCCACGCCGGCCGUGGCCCUCCCCUUGCCCAACUACCGCCAGGCGUCAAAUCUCCCGUCCGCCGGCCUCCUCUUCAACAAGAUAGCUGCAGCCGCGGCGGCGGAAUCUGAUUCUGAAGAUGGCUACAACAUCCCUAACAACAACUACGAAGACGAUGACGACGACGCCUCACAGCAGUCGGCGUCACGGUCCCUGUCAUCUCGCUCUGGUGGCGCUGCUGCUGCAGGUGGUGGCGUCAGUGGUAGCAAGAGGAGGAAGGUUGGGGGAGGAGGGUUCGGGGAGCUGGCGAGGGCAGUUGAAACAUUUUCUGAGAUGUAUGAGCGCAUGGAGUUCGCGAAGCAGAGGCACGCGGAGGAGAUGGAGAGGCAGCGGAUCAAGUUCCUCAAGGACCUGGAGCUCAAGCGGAUGCAGGCUUUUGUGGACGUGCAGCUUCAGCUUGCAAAGGCAAAACACAGGAAGCAUCCUGAUGGUGCCUCGGAGAUGCUCAUGUCUCUCGCUGCGCUGCCAUUCCUAAGCACCCCUGCUUACCUAUGAUUUAAUAAACAGAGUUUAGAUUGCUGCCAGGAUUCUAGGAGAGUAGGAGUCAAGCUCAUGGACUGACACGGUGCGUUGCUGCUCUCUGAUGGAGAACCAGCUAGAGUAGCUCGUAUCGCAAAAGAUGCGGAUAUUGUGUUGCGUGUUUCCGGCAAGAGCCGGGUUUUGAGUGUUGACCGCUAUUUUACUUGCACUUCUUUUUCUGGAUAAUCACGCUCUCAUGAGCUUCUGUUUAAUUCUUUUGCUGUUGCAAGUCUGUAACUAAAAUGUUAGGUAUACAUAAUUCUUUUGCUGUUGCAAGCAGGGUUUGGGUUACCGUGGUAACCGCGCGAGGUAAACUGCGGCCUCCGUGGA